CAACACUGUUCUACAAGCACGGACCGCAAAGCUAUUGUCAAAAUGCAAUGUUUACUAAUUUUGCUUUAGAAAUGUUUCGAGUUAAAAUAGUUGCAAUCCUUAAUCGAAUUAUAUUUCGACAUCAUUAACAAACGAAGCUCGGCAUGUCAUUGUACCACGCCAACGCCGGCCAGGCGGAAAUCAUCCGCUCCAUUCAGAAGGACCAAACCUACAUCGACGAGAUACGGGGUCAGCUGAGUGACAUCCUGCUGAUGGUGAGCCAACGCAGCUGGUUCCGAUACAGCGCCCUGUGCAAGCUGAUCGCGGAAAUCCUGUACCAUCACUACACGAUCGUGCACAAUCUGCAGACCCUUGGCGAGGAGUACACCGGCAUUAUCCAGGUGGAUUCCCACUAUGUGAUGCUUCCGAAUAAGGCCCUCCAGCUGGUGACGAUCUUGCUCGAAUAUGGGGGAGAGCUGGUGGUUGAGAGGGUUCUCACGCGACUCCAGACUGUGGUGGAUCGCAGCGAGGAUAUGCUGCCGGAGGCGAAGCAAAGUCUGAACAAGGGUAUCGACUUUUUGAAGUUUAUCGUUCCAUACGUGCGGGGUUUUCACACGAGUUUGUUUUACAUCAACGGUGGAAAGUAUCACAUCUCCAAGCAGCUCACGGGAAUUAACUAUGUUCUCAUCCGAAACUGGCUCAAAGAAAACCACUCGAUAUAUGGCUUCAGAAUUCUGGGAGUGGUGACUUUGCUGCAGUUGGUGCUAUCACUGGUGGUAAAAUUUGUUGAGCAUCGCAAGAGAGCUAAGGUGCAAUCAUCUGGUAAACGGGUGGCAACGCAAGGAUCCCCUUCGGAAGACUGCACAACGAGCAGCCGAAAGUGUGCCCUUUGCAUGGAACCAGCGGUCAACGUGAGCGCCACUCAGUGUGGACAUUUGUUCUGCUGGCACUGCAUCCUGAACUGGUUGGAUGAGAGGCAGAUAUGUCCGAUCUGUCGGGAGGCGAUCAAAAAGUCGCGCGUGAUUAGGCUACAGAACUUUUGACAGGUUUUCGGUACAUUUUAGCUACGAGAGGGACACCAUUCCGUUACAUUUGAUUUGUUAUAUUCAAUAUGUACAAAGUACUAAGUAGCUCUUUCGAAGAGUAUUUUGUUUUUCGUAAUUUUGCAUAUGUUCUGUCUUUUGUCUGCUGAGCUGACGUCAAAUAAAAUUUCGUAGUUAAAAGAUGAAAUAUUUACACAAAGCGGUUAUCGUCGGGGAAAGAGGAGAAGAAGGCCUAAUAAAUUAGUGUUUUUGAUGCUUAAAA